UGUCCAUUUUGUUGACAUAGCAGAAGGAAGCUCAAAGCAAAGAGAUCAGACGACCGAGAAAGAGGCGGAUGGUGAAAUCAAUCAUCGGAAUGGAAUCAACAGUUCGCAGGAGUGGCGGUGGAGGCCUUCUCGAAGGACUAUACAAAGUCCUAAUGCGACGGACCGCCGUCUACGCCACUUUCGUCAUCGCAGGCGCUUUCCUCGGUGAACGGGCUGUGGACUACGGAGUUCAUAAGCUCUGGGAAUCCAACAAUGUUGGGAAACGGUACGAAGAUAUUUCAGUUUUGGGUACAAGGCAAUCAGAAGAAUGAGUACCUAGCCUCUUUUCUUCACUCUCUUAAUAGUUGUGUACUUCUGAAACUUUGGAAUAAACAUUUGUCUCAGGCAGCAAUUUCGACUGUUUGAAACUAGUGAUAUUUGUGUUGGUGCAUCUGCUGAUGUUUUUUUGAUCAUGCUUCAUUUCAACUGGAUAUUUGAAAAUGUCAAAUUGUUAUGGAUUAUGUAUUCAUGCACAAACAUAAUGUGGUUUAGUUAUUUCCCGGGAAUCAAUUUAGGCUUUAAUUAUCUUUUUGGUUCA